AUGGGGGAAUCGCCGCGCACACGUAGAAGACAGUUACGCUGUGCGACUGGGUUGCUCGGCCGCCGCAACUUCACUGACCUAAAAUGUCGCGGGAUCGCCGAGUUUUUUCCGCCUGUCUUCAGCAGUGCGUGCGUCGCUGGCCAACAGCAGCAUGCGUGUGUCUCUUUCCUUCCUCAUUCAUGCGGCCGAGCGGUGUUGAGCGAGUUCACACGAAACGGAUGUGGCGUGGUUCGCAUCUGCCUAUACGGAACAGACGGUCAGCAGGGUUAUUUCACAACACGCGGAUGCCGACGUGGACGGAAGAAAGAAUCCGAAGAUAAGCUCAUCAAGAAAAACUCCGAUGAGACGAUUCCGUCCCGGACCAGACCAAAACGCACACGACACUCGUCAACUUCGGAUCAGAUCUUCUCCCAGAGAUUGCACCUGUCGAAAUCCCUGGAUCAUCUCAGUGAUAAAAUUGCCAAGAAUCGGCUUUCCCAGGAGAUCAAUUCCCUGGACCUUGGGCAGCUUGAUCGGUGGUUCCACUCGGCGACGCACAAGCUUCUCACGCACUCGCCCGUGGAUGCGCCACCGGAAAGCAUCGUCCAUCGUCGCCUUGCCCUCGUCCAAAGCAGAGUGAGAAGGUACAAGGUCGCAGGACUUCGCAAUAUUGCCAAAGGGAAGAUUGCAGUACUUUUUCUGGCUGGUGGAAGAGCCACACGAAUGAAUGGCGGAGCAGAAGUUGAACCGACGGCUCUGCUAAAUCCUGGUUUGCCAUCUGGCAAAACUUUACUGCAAUUGGCUUUUCAGCGCGUCUUCAAAAUUGCCGAAUUGGCUGGAGAUGAGCUGAAUUUUGAUCAGCCGCCGCAUAUUCAGGCUUUGGUGAUGACCAGUCCUUUCACCCAUUCCAAAAUCGUUGAAUACUUGGGGCGGAAUUCAAAUUUCAAAGUUGUCAAAACCGAGAUUUUCCAACAAAGUAUUCAGCCGGCAUUCGACGUGGAUGGCAGAAUUCUUUUCGAAUCUCCGUCGUCGUUGUCCUAUUUCCCGAAUGGGACAGGUGGACUCGUGCAGGCUCUUUCGGAACAAGGCAUCAUUCAGCGACUGAAAGAAGACGGGGUUGUAUCAGUGCAUGUUGUUGAUCCAACAAACAUUGCGUGUAAGCCAUGUGAUCCGUCCUUUGUGGGCUUUGCUGCUGCAACCAGAGCUGACUUUUGUGCUAAGGUUGUUCCUCGCAUUCUUCCCGAUGAAGAAGACCUUGGCAUUCUUGCCAUUUCUCUCGAAGGAACAGCGGAAAUCGUUCCACCGGAAGAACUGCCGGCGACAGUACGCCAACUGCGUGGCAAUGAUGCUAAUUCCUCGGGUUUUGAACUUCCCUAUGGAGCCCUCGUUGACGCACUGAAGCUAUUGGAAAAGGUAGCAAAUCUUGGAAGAGAAGCUUUGCCCACUCAUGCCGUUCUCAAGCACCUCACGAAGCGCCAAAUGCGUUUCGGGAAGAAAAGCACCGCUUCGAGAGGUCACGACUCUGUUGACCCACUCUCUCCAAACGCUGUCGUCCUGGAAAGGAAUAUCUGGGAUGUCGUUCAUUGGAGCAAAAGGCCCCGUUUCUGGGAAGUCGAUCGGGCCGAGGAAUAUGCGGCGAUUCGUCGACAGGAUGAGAACCAGGAAACCAGUUCACUGAGUACCCCGUCGACUGCUCGUAGUAUCUUGUACUCGGUACAUCGACGUCAGAUUUUGGCCUCAUCUGGGUCACUGGUUGACUCUCUGGGUCGGCGUUUGUCGGAUUCGAAUAACGCGAAUCAACGGGUUGAGCCCGCGGUUGAAAUUUCCCCCUUAGUAUCAUACGAAGGAGAAAAUCUGGGUCGGAUAGUGAAACAUCAGACAAUCAGAGUUCCCUGUUUGCUGGAGUCGUCAUCAGAGUUGAACGAGGCUCGACAAGUUUCAUCAGAAGGCGUUUUUCCCGGGUUUAAACCGAAUUUUCUUGGUGGCGAAUAUUCCUCUGCUUUGACCUCUGACACGACAAUCGCUGCUUAUUCAGCUAGCGUCGAACCGAUUUCCAUUCCUGACGCGAAAUUCAGGGCUCAAAGGGCAUGGGAACGCUAUGAUCCUGACCCCGACAUUCGCACAGACUACGAGUCCUCAUCGUCAGUGCUGAGCCCGGAAAUUACUUCAGCUCAGUCGGAACACAAAUCUUCGCCUCACGACACAGCCAGUCUGAUUUACCGUAUGAGGAAGCGACUUUCAGCGAAACCCGAAACUCUGGCCAGAACCAUUCCUAAAAACACCUUCAGUCGGCAGAAACCACGAGAUGAUCCACUGCUCAAAACCAUUCUCGACGCCGUAGCAGCAGCAGAAACGCGACGGCCGCAGAAAUUCAUCCGCCGGAGCGUGAUGACAGCAGCAGAUUUGCAGGAAAACGUGGACCAGAACCCACCGAAAUCCCCGGCAGAAGACAAUUCCGUCAAUACGCCAGAACAGACCGCAAAGUCGCAGCAGUGGAAAGAAACCACAGUAACCAGCAUGGGGAUUCUGCUGCAGCAAAACGAAACUCCGGUCCAGUUCGCAAGCGGGAAACCCGUUGAAGACAUUGUUGUGCAACCCGGGAAUCAAAAGGCGAAUCAUUAUUUUUCACUCGCUGACGACGUUUCCUCAACUUCGGAUGCUGACGAUAAUGAUGGUGACGACGGACGAGAGAAAUCUGGACGCGUGAUGAACCCGGAUCCCGACGAACUGCAGAACAUCUCGAAAGAAAACGAGUCGAAACCAGCACCGAGACCAAAAAGUCUCGAAACGUCUGACCACCAGCAGUUACUGAUUGAAAUCGGCAAUCGCAAAACGAUCAAAUCUCAGCCAGGAAAUCUCGGAAAGCGUGUGGUCAUCGUGAUGGGGGCUGGUGGGGCGGGGCGUGGUGGCGGCGGUGGCGGCGAGUGUGAGGCGAGGAAAAGGCGCGCAGCAAACCACAGGAGCGCUGCGCAACACUUGCGUAAUAACCCACUCUAA